UUCACUAUUUCCCCUCGCCAUGUUAUCCCGGGUCAAACCCGGUACCAGCACCAUAACCCGCUUCGGCAAAUUUACACAUAAUCCCCUCAAAAAACCUUUCUUCUCCCGCGAAGCCCUCGUCCUCCUCCUCCUCAGAUCGUCCCCGACCCUGACCCUGCCCCUGCUACGCCAACUCCACGCGCUCCUCCUCGUCCAUGGCAGCUCACACGUGCCGCACUCCCAGCUGCUCCGCGCCUACGUCGGCAAUGGCGCCGUCCGAGACGCCCUUCACGUGUUCGACCAUAUGCCCCGAAGAAGCACCUUCGCUUACAACUCCAUCAUCAAGGGCUUUGUUGACCUGGGUCGCUCUUCCGAUGCUUUGUGUUUCUAUAAUGAUAUGAUCAGAGAAGGAUUUAAAGCCGAUAAUUUUACGUACCCGCUUGUUCUUAAAGCGUGCACGGGGGUAUCGGACAUCGAUCGGGGUAGGGAGAUUCAUAAAUGCGUCGAAUUUGAAGGGGUUUUUAGUAGUAAUGUGUUUGUGCGGUGCGCGCUUGUCGACAUGUACGCGAAAUGUGGGAGCUUGGUCGCAGCCCGGGAGGUGUUCAAUGAAAUGCCCGUGAGAGAUUUGGCUACAUGGGGGGCGAUGAUCUGCGGAACCAUGCAAGGUGGGGAUUGGUCUGAGGGCUUAGUUUUGUUCAGGAGGAUGAGAUCCGAAGGGUUUGGGAUCGAUUCCGCGAUCUUGGCGACCGUUAUUCCAGCUUGCGGUAGGUUAGGAGCACCGGGAUUAGGAAUGGCAUUGCAUGGAUUGGUCGUUAAAUUCGGAGUGAUCGGUGAUCUCUGCGUUGCGAAUGCUCUGAUCGAUAUGUAUUGUAAAUGCGGCGACACCCAGAUAGCGGACCGCUUGUUCCGGACUAUGGAGUUCAAGGAUGUUAUCUCUUGGAGUAGCUUAAUUGCCGGAUAUUUACAAAAUAAUGAGUUUGCUAAGAGUUUGGGCCUUUUUGUCGAGAAGAUGGAAUCAGGUUUAACACCGAAUUCCGUGGUGAUCGCAAGCAUCAUGCCUAGUGUUUCCGAGCUGAAGUUGUUCAAACUCGGGAAAGAGAUUCACGGCUAUGCCGUUAGACGAGGACACGAGCGCGAUAGAUUUGUUGCGAGUGCAGUGAUUGGUUUCUACUGCAAAAAUGGUUUAAUGCGAGAAGCGGAAUCCAUUUUCCGAACCGUGUCGGAUGGAGAUAUCGCAAUAGGGAACUCGAUGAUUACGGGAUACGCUCUUCAGGGUGAUCUUGAUUCUGCAACAACCACGCUGCGAAGAAUACAAGAAAUGGGAUUUAGACCCGAUUCUGUAACGAUCGUCUCUGUCCUUCCCCUCUGCAAUCGCUUCACAAUGAUCGACCAAGGCAAGGAGCUGCACGCUUAUGCAACUAGAGCAGAAUUCGGAUCGGUAGUUUCCGUGAAUAAUUCGCUGAUGGAUAUGUACUGCAAAUGUGGGUUUGUUGAAUUCGCGAAGAAGAUAUUUGAUACCAUGACCGAGAGGAAUACAGUGACUUACAACAUCGUAAUCACUGCACUCGGAAUGCACGGUCGAGGAGAAGAGGGGAUUGAGUUCUUCGAUCAUAUGAAGGAACAAAGCAUCGAACCAGAUAAAGUGACUUUUAUAGCUUUACUAUCGGCUUGUAGCCAUGCUAGGCUCCUCGAAAAGGGCUUAUCGUUUUACAAUUUUAUGAUAAAAGAGUAUGGUAUUUGCCCAGAUAAAGAACACUACUCAUGCAUUGUGGAUCUUUAUAGCAGGGCGGGGAGAGUUGACGAUGCGUGGGAUUUUAUUGAGAAAAUGUUAAUCGAACCGGACGUAGAUGUUUUAGGUAGCCUCUUAGGAGCCUGUAGAGUGCAUAAGAGAGUCGACAUUGCGGAGCUUGUAGGCAAACAAAUUUACGAAAGAGGACAUGAAGAUCCUGGUUAUUAUAUUCUGCUAUCGAAUAUAUAUGCGGAUGCUGGGAGAUGGGCCGAUGUGAUGAGGGUGAGAGAAACGAUACUAGAGAAGGGUUUGAAGAAGAAGAAGGCCGGGAAUAGCUGGGUUUAGGCCAGAUGUCGCACCCAUUUCCUCUUGUUAGAAAGGCUGUUUGGAGAAUUCGGUUAAAAACAUGUUGACGGUACUUCAAACACUCUACUCAACUAGUACUUCUGCAGAAGCAAAUCCGGUUCGACUAGAGUAGCAAGUCCUGUAAAAUGAGAUGAGUUCAAUUUCUUCCACGAGUUAAUUGGAGAGGGCGAAUGAAACCGAGGCAGCAAUGACUACGUACAUAGAUGAAGUUAUAUCAGCUGAAUUGUUGGUCAUCUUGGAUUGAACGGAUUCGAUCGUUGCUUACAAUGUUUCUUGAGGGGAUACAAAAAGUGGCAUAGCUAAAUCUAAGCAUGCAUGUGGAAACUGAAUAAUAAGUUUUCCGGAGAGCAGGGCGCCAUGCAACUAUGCAUCCGAUUUUCAGGAACCAAGAAGCAGUCUCACUGAAGUACCGGGUUAUCUCGAAGAUUUGGAGUGUGUUGUUGUACGUGAUGUGGAGGCCAUACAUAAUAACUAAAAAGUUUAGGAAUUGAGGAGAUCAAACGAAUGAAGAAAGGAUGCAUAAGGGGUUGCGGUGGACAUCAACUAACAUGAUUUAACUACAAGUAUUUUGCCCUACUACGCCAAAUGGAUAUCGGAACAUGGUGGAACAUUCAACAUUAGGCAGCACCAACCCUGACAUGGUCAAGGAAGUGCUCUCCAACAAAUGUGGUUACUACACCAAGAAUGAUCCGAAUCCACAUUUACAAGCUCUCCUAGGGAAGGGUUUGAUCCUCAUAAAUGGACAAGAUUGGGCUCAUCAUCGCACUGCAUUCACCAUCGACAAGCUCAUGAUGAUGACGAAGACGAUGGCUCAAAUAGCUCAAUCUAUGAUGGAGAAGUGAGAAGCACAGAUGCUCUGAGAUGAGAACAAGCAAGCAGAAAUAGAUCUAAGCGUGCAAUUUCAGGAGUUGACAGCAGAUGUGAUCUCCCACGCUGCUUUUGGAAGCAGCUAUAGAGAAGGAAAAGAAGUCUUAUCUGGCGCAAGAAGCGCUUCAGAUUCUUGCUGUGGCUAAUAUGCUUGAAGUCCAAGUACCAGGAUUCAACUAUCUUCCUACUCCAAGAAUUUGCAGAAGUGGGAACUAGAAAGGAAAGUGAGGAAUAUGCUCAUGCAAAUAAUUCAAGCUCGAUUCGAAUCGAAGGAGUGCGGCUGCUGAAAUGAUCUGCUCAGCUUGAUGCUAGAGGCUUGCGCAUCGGGCGACGGCUUCGAGAGAAAAGAGAACUGUGGUAUGAACAUGGAUGAGAUCAUCGACGAGUGCAAGACGUUCUUCUUCCGGGGGGCACAAGACGACGUCACAUCUUCUGACUUGGACUGCGUUCCUGCUGUCCACAAACCAAGAAUGGCAGGAGAAGCUCCGGGAGGAGGUGGGGAGAGAGUGUGGAGAGGAAGUUCAUGAUGCAGAUAUGCUU